CCUCUUAACACAGAUCCUCGUUCAUGAAGCUCUCUUUCCUUCUUCCCCUGUGAAUUUUUCGAUAGAUUCUAGGGUUUCUAUCUGGAACGUUUUCGCCUUCUGGGUUUUCUUGAUUUAGGGCUUAGGAUAGAAAAGUCUGAAUCUUUCGUCGAAUAAAAGAUGUAUGCUGAUAGAUUGGAGUCCGAGUCUGGAAGCAGGAAACUCGUAAAGGAUCGAAUCAAUGGCGGUUCUAGCGACAACUCUACUCCCUCGCGACGAGUGACUGGGAAAAGGCAAAGGCAGGAUGACAAAUGGGAGCAUGAUCUUUUCAGUAGUGACAAGCCUCAACUCUCAAAUCGCAGAGUUGAUUCUGGAGAUCUCCGCAUGAAGCUUCAGAAGAGGCAUCAUGGGACUCAAAGUGGUUCAGGCGUGAGGGAUUUACGGGAAAAGCUCUCUGGGACAAUGAAUGUGCAACCAAAAUCUAAAGUGGAGACUGCUAGACCGAGCUUGAAGAGUGUAGUGACUGGAACUGCAACAGAGACUACUAGAAGAACUUCAAGUCAAGCUACCAGGAAGAAGUCACAGCAGGCUGGUGCGUCGGUUGAUAGCUUUCUGGAAUCAUUGGGUCUCGAGAAAUAUUCAACAGCUUUUCAAGUGGAAGAAGUUGAUAUGGAUGCUCUCAUGCAUAUGACAGAUGAUGACCUCAAGGCUAUGCUUAUACCAAUGGGCCCAAGGAAGAAGAUACUUCUUGAAUUGGGAUCAAAACGCUAAUAGUUUAGUGUCUUUUUGUAUGAUGGCAUCAAGAUCAGCUGAACUAUCUCCGGAAGUCGUUGCAUUAAGAUAUGGCUAUACUAUGAUUUGGCUUUCUUUAUUCUCGUUUUUUUUUUUAAUGUAUCUUCCCGUUUCAGAAGCUUAGAAUUUUUGGCGGUAGACUUAUGUAAUUUUUAAAUAUAGUGAGACAAACACUACCGGUUUUCACCUCA